UCAUUUGACAUAAAAGCAUUGUUUAUAUCUGAAAAGCCGCGUACUUCGACAAUGGAUUUGCCUUCGCGUACGAUCAGAAUAGUGACAUACACAGUCCUGCAGUAUUAAAUCCGAUAUUAAUUAUGUAAUUAAUUUACGCGCCGUGAAUGAAACGUACCCUUCUGUUUACAUGAGAUCCAUCAGCGCGUUCGAACGCUAACAAUAUGGCAUUAUGCGCCCGAUGAAUGAUCGACUUUUUUUUUUUAAAUGUCAUGUUGAGAGUAAAAGCGUAAACAUAUGCUAUUGUGAGACUAUUGCAACGAUCGUCACCUCGCAAGCUCGUUUUCCCUUUCAACGAGUGCACGGUCGAGGUAAUGUUGCAAAUGAUAAAAAAUCUGGCCGUUUGUCCGGACGAAAAUUUUUCAGAUAAAUCGCACGUCGCGUCUGAAUUUCUGUCUGUCCUGACGAAAUCUGACGAGUAAAGCAUACGUCGUACGCGAAGCACCGGGCGUACCGGCGCGUCGCUACGCCACUGACUGGUCGUGUCGGAGUGCAGGUGGGCCGAGCGCGCACGGAAACAGCCGAGCGCGCAUUCGGGGGAAAACGGAGCGGCGGUACUCGGCGAGGACUGUUGUCAGAGUAUUCAGUAAUGCUUUGCAUGGCCAGCUAGCUACUAGUGUGUGUAUCGAUGACAGUCACGUCAUCCGCUCGGAGUGCUCGUGCGAUGUUACUCGGGGAGCUAACCGGGGUACAUACCGGCGGCCGAUACUUACGUCGCGCAGUGCAUUCUUCGUGAGACUUGUGAGGAGAACGAAAAGAACGAGAAAAAAACAGCGUUAACGGACACGUAGUCGGGGAAGACAGACAGUGAGUGAGAAAGACAGUGUUGCGAGAGGCAGCGCGUGGAAGGCAGGCGAAAGACAAGAGGCACGUCGGCGGACAGAACUUACUGACUCGUGCCGUCGCCGGAGGUAGCGUGGUGCUUCAGUUAUCACGUUCAGUUAUCCGCAGUUUUGUUUCUUUCGAUUUCUUUUCCUCUUAAUUUUCAUCCCGUCACUUCGCUCUCACGAACCGCUUCAGUCACGCGGAGGGCGAAGAGAAACGGAUCGUCGCGCGGCAGCACCGUGUGCGGCAGUGCAGCAGCAGCGUACCAAGAUGCUGUCAUCAGUGUCAGCGAAAUAAUAAUGUGGUGCGACGUCAGUCAGCAUAAAACUCAUGAAAGGGAAGAUGUUUUGGGCCUAAAGAGUUGUGCAAUGAUGGGUCUGCAGGCGACGGCAGGAAAACGUAAAUUGGAGGGAGGUGUUGGCUGCAUGGAAUUCCACAUGGACAUAGGCGAGAGUCCGUCGAAGCUCGGACGCGUGGAGGGUAGCUGGUGGGCGAUGGACGACAGUUACGGACCGCCCCUGAACCAGACGUCGACGUCGUAUUACGAGAUGGAGGUGAACUCUCCGUGUCUGCAGGCGAAUCCGUGCCAGCCUACGUCGACGAGUUCCUCCUCCCAGCAGCAGCAGCAGCAGCAGCAACAGCAGCAGCAGCAACAAUCGCAGCAACACCAACCACAUCAUCCAUCUUCGCAGUCGCCGCAGCAGCAGCAGCAGCAGCAGCAACAGCAACAGCAAUCGCAGCAGCAGCAGCAGCAACAGCAGCAGCAGCAGCAACAAUCGCCAGCGUCAUCCUCGACGUCGGCUUCGUCCACGGUGACGCAAUUGCAUCACCACACGCAACACUACUAUCAUCACCAACGUGGUGCUGUUAGUCCUAUCGGUAGCAACGGCUACAACCAACUGUCGAGAUCUCAGCCUCCCCAGUGGGGCGCUCUUCAUCAUUAUGAACCGCCGACGAUACGUCGUGAGGAAAAUGGCAAGAGCUACCUGGAACUUGGCUCGAGUUAUCGCGCGAACGAGCGAUGCUGCGAGGGUUCCAAGUCCAGCUGGUGCCGGCGUGGGCGAGCCUGUUACCGGCAACGACGGCUCGCCGUGCUCAACAUCUCGAUGUGUAAGCUCGCCAGGUACCGGCAAUUCCCGGACCCGAGCCUUCACCGGUCGGUCCUGAUCUGCAACACCCUAAGACACCUUGAACGUGAGAUGGAGAGGGACCGCAGCCCACCGCCCAUGGAGCCGGUUGUUCCGGUACCCAUCGCGCAGUUGCAACCACCUGAGCAGGGCAGGCUAACGCCUUUCCCAGUACCACCGACGUCAUCCGGAGAGACCGACGUCGACUCCGGCAUCGGCGACAGCGACGACAGCCGAUCGAUCAAUUGGGGUAGCGUGCUCUCCCUAUCGAGCCAGUCGCCGCUCGACCCGCUUAACAACAACGAAUUACUGGACGUGGACAUAGGGCCCGAUCUCGACUUGGACUUCAUGCCCGGCUGGAAGCUGACUCCGGUUCAGGCGGACGACAUCCUGAGAACAACGACGACGUCCCAGGAGCAGCAUCACCACCACCACCAUCAUCAUCACCAUCAUCAUCACCAUCAGCAUCAUCACCACCAGCAACAGCAACAGCAACAUCUAAUGUCGUCGAGCAGCAGCUGCGGCAGCAGUUGCGGCAACAGCAACGUCGGUGGCGCCGGCGUCAGUAGCGGUAGCAGCAGUAGUACGCACGAGUCGUUGAUGUGCGUGGGAUCAUAGCCCUCGACCUUGACGUCGUUGAGUCACCUAAUCGAUUUCUAUCCGCUGACGCCGCAGGGCAAGUAGACAUUCACGCUCCUGCCCGCGGGUCCACGAAGACGCGGCUGAAAGACGAUGGUGCUGACGACUCGCCCUCCCUCUCCGGUGCGCUCGACGUACGACCGGCGACUCUCGAGGAACCAUACUCUACUCUCUGUUUUGCGUUAAUUUAUUGUCGCGUCAAUUACAUACAUCCGCGUAGAACACCACAUACACACACACACACACACACACACACACACACACACACACAUACACACCGACCGACCUUCUGUGACACUUGCGUUCUUCCUUCGCUCCUCUUACCACCGCUACUACUAUUACUGCUACUGCUACCACCGCUAAUACUCUAACUCCAUUACCCCUAUCGUUACCACUAUUUCUACUACUACUACUAUCACCCGCGACUACUUAUUACUAUCGUUACCGUUACUUCUACUACUAUCGCUACUAUUGCUAGUACUACUAUUAUUACCAUUACUAAUAUUACUACGAUUACUACUACUACUACUACUACUAUUUACUACUACUAUUACUACUAUUACUACUACUACUAUUAUUACUACUACCACUAUCGCUAAUUAACGUGUCUCCCGUAUUUGCUCCCCGAGGGACGGACGCGUCAUGACACGCAACGUUCGCAGGUGCAGUCGAGAUAGAGCAUUCUGAGAACUUAACGAACGGGUUAACGGGCAGAGAAAAGAAGACAGGGCGAGACGGAGAGAGGGUAGGGGGAAGGGAGAAAGGACCGUCACUGUCCGACAGCGAGCCGACAGGUGCUGCUACUCGCGUUGGAUGAUCCGGUAGCCUGCCAACAGAAAUUCGGCCGGCUUUCGUAUCGAACCACGCCGCGCAAUGAGACGACGGAGAGAGGCCCGUGUACCAUGUUCGCCGCCCUGGAAUUUCGAGAACAGAUGCGAACGCGGCUUACGCGUGCUUCGAGAUGGGUUUCGGCAGAAUUCGGGAAAGAUUGAUCGGCUGGGUGAUCGAGUACGGGGGACAAUAUGUCGACCUUUUGAGAAACGCACGAUAAUGACACCGAACUUGCAACUAUAGAUUCGAUUUAUACAGUUGCGUUUGCAAGCUCGACGGUCCGUGCGCGAAGUCCCCGGGAGAAGAGACGUCCAACGCACGGGAAAUAUCCGGGAAAAGUUGGGGAGCAGGAUCGGAGAGCCAAGAGAGGGUGGGAAAUUUGUCUCGAAGCUUGUCAGGGUUCGCGUCGACGCGAAUCCGCGGCGUGAAGGCUACCUUUCCACAGGACUGAACUGACGACGCGAGCCUUGCGAUCGGCGUGUUUCAGCUCGCGGAAUCUUCCCCCUCUCAUUCUCGCGUUCGCGGGAAGUUGCACCCCGACGUUGCUCGAGAAGGUCGACUGGGAUUCUCUUUUCCACGGAACGACACUCAACGUCGGAGCCUUCGUGUUUGGGAGGAAUGUGAGCGAUUAACAUACAGGCGACACACAAAUCGUGCGUACUCGUACGCGUACGUAUGGAUGCGACACACACAUACAUGCACACACACACACGCACGCACGCACGCACGCACGCACACAACAUAUAUACAGGUAUAUACGACCGCCGUGGCCUAUAUUAUACGCACGACGCACGGAGACACGCAAGUGCGUGUGCACGCAGGUCGUACGGUGCUACAGGGCGGCUGCAGUCUGGUGCUUCUCCUCUUUAAACCCACAGACACACACACACACAUACACACACACAAAGCUACACAGAGCUAAAUUCGCGUAUCGAAUUCGCACGGAUCGCUCGCAGCGUCCGUCGCUCGGGGUCGUCGUGACGCGUCCUGCCGUCGUAAGCGUGACACGAUGUAAGUCGGAAGCGUCGGCGUCUCGAUCGAGGAACUCCUUCCGACCGCGCCACCUUCGGCUAGUGUAAAUUCCGCUUGGCUGUCUCGCCUGAAAUACCGGGGUCACGUGUGUCCGACGAGGCGCGCAGGCAAAUAUAUCAUAUAUAGGAAGGAAGGACUCUUUAUUUAGAAUGGAAGUGCUGAUUAGAUCUCCGGUGUCGUCGCUGUUCAAGCGUAAAUACUCGACCCUGCGUCACAUUUUUGUGUGUCGUCAGUGCGCGACCCCGGCUGAGGUGAUGAGAGACGCCCCGUAGUUUAGUUAGGGAACGUGACGAACAGAAAAUUUCUGACCCAGAGUAGGGUGACCUCAGGUUGUUGGCGCGGUUCGGUCUCGAUCGUCCCUCGUGAGCGAGAGAAUAAGAAAGAGAGGAAGAGAGAAAGAGAGAGAGAGAGAGAGAGAGAGAGAGAGAGAGAGAGAGAGAGAGAGAGAGAGAGAGAGAGAGAGAGAGAAGAGACACCGAGACGCUUAAACAGUUGCGUUGAAAUGGCGAGACAUAUUUGGACUGCGUGAUAACGCGUUUAAGCAGCGGGCGUGUGGUGCAACGAGCUAAUCGCGCUCAAAUCAGGGAUUAUUUUCAUACAGCGUUUAUGCGGAAAAACAUAUUCUCGAGUAAUUUCGCCCGCCUUGGUUUUUAACGCUCUAAGGGAUAUCUAUGCAUACACGGAUAUAAAAGUACAAAUAGUUACGAUACGUUUCUCCUUCUUCCUUUAACGCAACGCGCGGUUUCUCACGCGGACGCUCGCUGCUUAACGACGGCGGUUUGCGACCGAAGAGAGAUUUGUCUCGGCAAGUAACUGUGUUUGUCCGGAUUAUAUCGAAAUUUUUUUUCCUUUUCGACCGCACCGACUCAGUGCGAGUGGCGAUACGUAUGUUACUUUCGUACCUAAUCGCAAGUCAAAAUGUGGCAAUUAAACAUGCAAAGUAGUCCAUUAAAUUCGCAAGGCCAUUAAGCUCCAACGCAACUGGUUAACCCUAAAAUGCAUGACAUGAGCCAAUGUGACUCAGCCGCUAUUUUAAAUGCGAACUACACAUUGAUUAUUUUAUCAGAGUGACCGUCAGUUCACGACUUUCCCGAUGAAUGAUAUGAAACAAACGUGCAAGAGAGAAGAAGAGAGAGAAAGAGAGAGAGAGAGAGAGAGAGGUGUCUCACAAGAAAGAAAAAAAAUAUCUGCUGCAACGAAUUAGUUGCUCGUCAAAAUUAUGUAACAAGCAUCGUCUGUAAUUAUGAGGCAGCUGGCUCUACUAAAAUAUCUAUCGCAAAAUUUAUUCCAAAGUUCCGCAGAAUGAGCUCUUUAAAAUUACAAGUUGCCCGUGGCCUCCACCGAGGAAAUAAUUGUGUCAAUUAAGAAAAAUCAUGAGCGGCGGUAAAUUGCAAUUGUGAGCAGGGUGCCGCAACUGGCCAUGUCACGCGUUCGUGUGUGUACGGAUAUGUGUAUAUAUGUACGUGUGUAUGAACGUGUAUGAGAUAGCAGCUGUGACGUAUCCCACAAGGACGUAAACGCGAUGACGGAGACGCCGACGCCUUCGCGUGGAUAUCUUGUGUCUCGACGUGCGACGUCGACAAAUGUACCUGCAUUUUAGAGAUCGGGGUAACGUUCUCCUCUACGGAUCGUCGCACGGUGGCCACUGCGCGCCACUGAUCUCCCACUAAAUGUAUCAUAUGUACACAUAUAUAAAUAAACUAGAAAGUGGCCGGCGUGCGCGCGCGUGAAGGAGGCGAGAACGCUCGAGAGUUAAGGUGUCGAUUUUUAAGCGCACUCGCGGACCCCGGACGCAUCUUCGCGUGGAUCCGUGCGCGAUCUCGCCCUCAACGUCCACGAAUCCAUUCAAGAGCAGCUAUACUUAAGGUGGAAAGAAGGAAAGGAAGAAAGCUAAACGAUUUAAGAAAGUCUAACGUUACGAAGAGAGUAUAAUAACUUAUCGACUCGACUGAUUACUUAAACGAGAGAGUGAACGUACGCGAGCGAACGGAUGAAUGUAUGCGCGUGUGAAAGGAGCGAAAGAAAACAGAGAAGCGAAGAGAAUACGUGUGUGUAAAAAGGAAAUUAUUGUAAUUAUAUCAUGAUGCAAAAAUAUAUAUAUAUACAUAUACAUGUAUAUGUAUAUGUAUAUGUAUAUAUAUAUAUAUAUAUGUAUAUAUUUGAUUUAAACUGUAAUUAUAGUAUAUAUGAUGUUCUCUCUUUCACACAGUGACACGAUUCAUACAUACACACACGCGCGCACACACACACACACACAUACACACACACUCGAUAUACAUACAGACAUACGCGAGAUAUAUUAGGUACUUGUUGUAAAUAUAUAUACACAUAUACAUACAUAUAUGUGUAUGCAGUAUAUAUAUAUAUAUAUAUAUGUGUGUGUGUGUAUGUGUACACAUAUACAUUAACUUACUAAGUCUAGAAUCUUAAGCAUAAACGCGAAAAAUCGUCAAGAAAGAAGAAACCCUUCACCUUCAUCCCUUCCCGAGUCACUCCGCUAUCCUCGAUCCCGCCCCACGUUCCAUUUUCUACUUUGUAUUAUAGUACAUUACGAUCGGCACACCUUCUCUCACACGCCCUCCCCUUCUCCUCACCUUCCCGGACACUGCUCCCUUCCUUUUCAUCGACCUCCUCCUCUCUACCUCUUCCUCCUCUCGCGAUAGUGCUCCCCCUUUCUCCGCGCGAUUUCUCCGCGAAAACGACGAGCAAUAUUACUUUUAACAAGCGCGGAAAAUUUAGGGGAAAGAAAAGCAUAUACGUACAAAUCAAUGCAUGGUCGCGAGCGCGAGUCGAAUGCGAGCGUCACACGCGAGAUCUUUGUUUUGCGCGCGUUGUACGCAUUGUAUGCGCGUUUGGCGUUUGGAAUGCUCCCGUGGUGUUGUGCGAACACGGUGGGUGAACGCGGAAUCUCUCGGUCGCGUCGGAGCGCAUGCAAAGACCAUUCGCGCUUCGGGGUGAGAGCGGCGCUUGGGCGGAAGAACGACUCCUUUCCGACCGAGAAAGCGGAAUUCGCAGGAUGUCCUGAUUAUAGCGUGCGCGCGCUUUCUCGCAGCGGCGAGGUCCUCUCUCGGCCGCGGGAAAACGCGAGCCAAUUUUUCAUUAACAAACGUUCCGUUCGGAUGGAUCCGCAUUCAGAACCCGGAUAGCACGAGCGCGUUCUUGAACGGUCCUUGGUCGACCUGGGUUCGUCCGAGGACACGUCGGGACAUCGUGAUGACACAUCUUAGAUAAUUUUGAGACAUCUCGUGUUAUCUGGACACGCUCUCGACGUCGGUACUUUACGGGACUUGGAUCGUGUGAGUCGAGUUGGCGAGUUGCUCUUGAAAAUCGAUCGGAUGUGAAUCGAAGUUCCGUAAAGUCCGAGUCUCGAAAUGAAGGAGCUUUAAUCUUCCAUCGUUCGUCGACUCAAAAGUUAUAUUCGCGCGAGAAAGUCGGGAGAAAGAGCGCGACGCGUGAUAGAUAUAUCCUGCGGAGCGAGUCGUGUUUUCGUUUCUCUACUUCGUUUCACCCUCCGGUUUCAUUGUACGCUGAAGGGACGAUCGGGCGUAUGUCCGACGACUCCGCGGAGGGACACCGAGCGAACGCGGUGUCCUCCUUGCGAUUGACUUGUAACGUCGCGUUUAUCCUUGGCGGGUAUCGCGCGAAGAGCUUCACUUCUCAUCACAGCGAGAUGCAAGGAUGCGAGCGAUUGUCUAACGAACGCGGGAUUACCGUGUCCAUCGUGUGUGCCUCCGCGGAGCGGUCGCGUUGUUCUUCCACGACGUUGUUGCGGUACCAGGCGAAGCUACCGGAAGAAGCGGACUACCGGCGUCGCGUCUUGUAGUCGAGCCUUGUGUCCUGCUCGGAUCGAGUAGACAGCAGAACGCGACGCCGGUGUAUGUUAAGGAUGCGCGAGUCACCCGCGACUCGCGCAUCCUCGUCCCGGAGCUCAAAGUAUAUUCUUAAAAGAGAGAAAAAAGAGAAUGAAGUAGCAUCGAAGGGGUUACACUGACAUCAAGGUGACCGAUACGCACCGUGCUGCUGGCGUCUCGCGUUCGCCUAUGUUGAAUUUACGCACAAUCGAUACUCGAGUAGCAAUCGAAGUAGCUUCGAUCGCGUGCUGGCCGACGACGGUCGACCGCACGGGGAUUGAUUAGCCGCGGGGGCGUAGGCGAAUUUAGAGUCGAGUUCUGGAAGAAAAACACCAAAGUUUCUCCUCAUAGCACACGGUACGACAGAUAUUUCUAGCCAUAUGCGCGACAUACUCGUUUAAGACUACGAUAAUUAUACGUAAUAAUGUAAAAACUUACACGGUUCCGCUAGAAAAAAUUGCCAAGUUCGCCUGCGUUUACGACUUCCUCGCUAGACGGUGCAAACUGUCCGGACGGACGUCGUAAGGACAUAUAAAAGACGUCGUAAAUCUUCGAAACGUCUAUUAGAUGUCUCCCGCAGUCACUCUCUCUCUCUCUCUCUCUCUCUCCCCCCCCCUCUCCCCCCCUCUUUCCUUCCCUCGCGUCGGUCAGCUUCCGCGCGAAGUGCGAGCGAGCGAGAGCGCGCGCAGCCAGCGCAGUGCGUGAAGUUUUUCGCGAUCAAGCUGACGCGUAACUCGCGGUCGGACACGCGUAUUUUCGUGAAGUGCCUAAAAACCGCCGAAAGAGAAAGUUACGGCUGUUAAGCGCGACAGCAAGGUCGCGAACGCGCGCGCGCGCGCGGCUUUUCGGCACGCCGACGUGCAUACCGGCUGCGGUGACACGCCAACGAUUGUAAACGUUUUUCUUCUCACACUAUUCCUUUCCCCUUCUUUUUUAACGGGACACCGGAUGGAGGCAUAUUGUAAAUAGUAUAAAUAGCGCGAACGCGAAGAUACGUUUAAGCGAAAUAAAGAGGAUAUAAUAAGUCUAAUACGAGAAAAUAUAUAAGAUAUAUAUUAUAUAUAUAUAUAUAUUAAAAAAGAGCGCAUAUAUAAAAAUGUAUACGCAUACGUGUGCGUGAGCGCGUGCGCGUAUACAUGUGUGUAUAAGAUUGUGCAUAUAUAUGCGUGUAUACGUACACAAUUACGUAUGUAUAUACACAUAUACAUACACGUAUACAUGUAUAUAUUUAUCUUGAUAAAUGAUACAGGGCGACGGUGGGUUCGCGAUCGAUGCUUCCUCAUCGUCGCGGCGACGAUAUUCGAAUGAGAUUCAUUUUUAUAAUACGCGCAUGACGGCUCUCGACCGUUCAAGUAGUAUUUAUCGCGACACAGCGCGCACGGCAUUUUUCUCGAGUUCGCCGAAUAUCCCCCCCCCCUCCCCGAGAAGGACUUUCGCUCCUGUGAGAGAUCAGAGAUCGCGUUGCAUUUCGCCGAUUUAGAGAAACGCUAUACAGUGCUUGCGAUAUUUUUCCUCUUAGCGCGCGCGACAAACGCGCUAAGCUCGUAACUUGUUUCAACAAUUAUCGGGUUUACGUUCAUAAGGCAAGGCCGGGCUAACGAUGUACAAUCAAGUUCCUAUUAUUACGAUGUCUGAUCGAGAAUUAGUUACACUUGUUUCGCGAGACCCCGCGCGAGCCGUCAUUGCGCGUUCCUUGUAUUCUCCCUCGACUCUCUCCGACGUUACGUGAGUAAGACGCUCUGCUUAUUCCACGCGCAGGAUAAGAGCGAGUUAUCCACGGAGAUGAGAGGAAAAGGUGGCCGAUACGAGCGAACGUGUGAGAGAGCAGUGUCCCGGACGAGGGAGACGGCGGCGAGAUGUCGAUGGGGAAGUAAUCGGGCGCGCGCGCGUCCUGGCGUCGUCGUAAGGAAAUUAGGGCAGGAAGCACGACGUUGUAAAUUGUAUAUAGUAGCGCGAAGAACACGACGAAGUUACAGAGACAGAGUUAAUUAAUUUAAAAAGAAAACGAGAGAGAAAGAAAUAUAUGGGGAUAAGAGGAACGGUUGCGUCGAGCGAACGCACGGCGCGGCGCGGCGCGGCGCGGCGCUUCCCGAAUCGAAAAAGCGUAUCCGUCGUCGCGACGACGGGACGACAACGAGAGUCCGUGUGUAGGCAAUCUCUGUGUAGGCUGGCCGGUUGACCUCCGGCGGCCGGUUCUCGCGCGGCUUCCGUUCGCGAGCAAAGUGCGAAUC